GAGGGGGGGAAGUGCGGCGCCUACGAGGCAGCAGCAGUCAGCAAGUUGGUGGUGGUUGAGGGUUGAGUCAACUUGGCUCCUUUGUCGCUCUCGCCGCGCUUGCCUUGUGCCUCCAGGUGCCAGGAGUUGUUCGUUACCGCUGAAGCGAGGAGGAGCAGAGGGAGGACAAUGAAGGGCUCGUCCACUCCCGACAAACCCCAGGCGACGGAGGGCGACGGCGCGCCCCCUCCGCGAGCUCGCGGCGCCAGGAGGCGCUGCGCCAGCUCGAGCGGCCCCGGCGCGAGUCCGGCGGGAGAAGCGCCGCGCGGACUCCGGGACAACAAGCAGGAGGAGGGCGGCGGCGGCAGCCUGAAAUGCCACCGAGUGCAGGACUCACUCCUGAGCUCCUCCAGUGGUUUCAGCAACUAUAGAGGCAUCAUCAACUGGUGUGUCAUCAUGCUGGUGCUGGGAAACGCCCGUCUCUUCCUAGAGAACCUCAUGAAAUAUGGAAUACUCGUUGACCCAAUUCAGAUCGUUUCGCUGUUUCUGAGUGAUCCGUACAGCUGGCCUGCCACUUGCCUGGUCAUCGUGUCUAAUCUGUUCAUUAUGGCCGGUUUCUUCAUCGAGAAGCUUCUUGCAUCGGGAAUUCUGGGAGAGCGGCCGGGCCAAUGGCUGCACUGGCUGAACCUGCUAACAGAGCUAACGCUGCCUGUGGUCGUCACGCUCCUCGUCUCGUCUAUGAAUCCCAUCUGCUCCGCCAUCAUGCUGUUCGUCUACACGGUGCUCUUCCUAAAGCUCUACUCGUACGCCGACGUCAACCGCUGGUGCCGCGAGCAGCGUGGCAAACCUGGCGCAGGGCGCCGCAUCGCGCGUUCCCUCUCCACAUCUUCAGUUGGCAAGGUGAACGGAGAAGCCAAACAGGUGGCAGUCGUGCAUUACCCUGACAACCUGAACUAUAGAGACCUCUACUACUUUGUAUUUGCACCGACGCUCUGCUACGAGCUCAACUUCCCUCGCACGUCGCGUAUUCGCAAGCGCUUUCUGCUGCGCAGGAUAUUUGAGAUGCUGUUUCUCAUGCAGCUCAUGCUGGGAUUCAUCCAACAGUGGAUCGUUCCAAGUAUUCGCAACUCGAUGAAGCCACUCAUCGAGAUGGACGUGUCACGUGUAGUGGAACGGCUGCUUAAACUUGCCGUCCCAAACCACCUCAUCUGGCUCAUCUUCUUCUACUGGUUCUUCCACUCCUGCUUGAACUUGCUGGCGGAGAUCAUGAAGUUUGGCGACCGAGAGUUUUACCGCGAUUGGUGGAAUGCGCAGACUGUCACCUACUUCUGGGCCAACUGGAACAUCCCGGUGCACAAGUGGUGUGUCCGACACUUCUACAAGCCACUGCUCAAGAGGGGCUUUAACAAGAUGCACGCGCAGCUGGGCGUCUUCCUCCUCUCCGCUUUCUUCCACGAGUACCUGGUGAGCGUGCCGCUGAGAAUGUUCCGGAUCUGGGCGUUCAUGGGCAUGAUGGCACAGGUCCCCUUGGCAUGGUUUGUCGGCAGCUUUCUGAGCGGUAACUACGGAAACUCUGCCGUGUGGCUGAGCCUGAUCCUCGGGCAGCCGGUGGCGGUGUUUAUGUACGUGCACGACUACUACGUGCUCAACUUCAGGGACGCCGCGCAGUGAGGCGCCCCUUCUUCGCCAUCCACAGCGCCUCCCGGCUCUGCACGGCCUCAACAUUUUUCCAUCUCGGAUGCCAGCCGUGUGGUCAAUCAGGCGACAUGUACCACCGAGCAGGGGCUUCGUGCUUCUCCAGGCCGUGAGGAAAGUUUCUGCGGAGUGGGUGCCGAGGGCCCUGUGACAUUGCAGUACACUUCGAGCCGUGUCAUCGCGCGUUUGGGAAUUCGCCAUUGUAGGGGCAGUGGUGAUUGGGUGAGUCGCCCCGAUUGGAAUAGGUACCGAUUAAGUAAUUGAGAUAGUGAUUUGUUUUGUUCUCCGUCCUCUAUCACCAAAACCAAUAGCCGUGCAACGAUGCCAAUUAACCGAUCCGGGAGUACUAAUGAACGGCCUCCUCAUUUGGGUUAAUGGUAUCGUGGGUCUGACUUAUUGUUAUAUAGAACAAAGACAAUUACAAUGGACUUGAUAAUGGUGAACUUUUUAUUUAAUUGUGAAAGAGACUAACAUCUGGAACUCACGUGGCUGAAUGUGAAGGUGUCAUUGUAAUUGCUUGUGAAUUGUAGACGGACGUAUUAGUGGCGUUUUAUUCUGUUUUAAACAUCAAACAAUGGUAUUGGCUUCUGUUAUAGAUGUCCUGAGGACCACCAAAAAUUUAAUUGCAUAUUCUUCGUUUUUUUGCAUGGGUAUUCUGACGUGGUUAUGGUUUUAUUUUAUAGGCCACAGGAUUAUUCAUUUUCACAUAUUCGCUCUAAUGCUUGUAAGCGUUGAUUUUCUUUGCAUUUGUUAAUUUAACACCGAUUAGCUUAAUGGUUCCUGUUAUAGAAAAUAAUGGCGGGGUGAUGUUACUGUGUGUAAUCCAAAUGGAACAAUUUGUAGGCAAUUUUUCAACAUUGGGAUGUUUAGCUAUGGGAGGAAACGGGAGUACACAAACCGCCAGUCAGGAAUUGUAUCGAGGCCCUUCAGUGGUUGAUGGCAUGACCUUUAUAUCAAUGACACCAGAGAAAUAGGGGAUUAAUUUGAGGGACGUAUUGGCCAGAUGAUGCAGUAUAAUUUAAUCUCAUUUUGCUUGCCAUGUGCCGUCACAAAGAGUUAAAUGAGAUUCUAGUACAAAAUUUUGCCGGUCUAGGAUAGAUUAAUAACCUCCAUGCUGUUAACAUAACACGAUGUCUGGGGUAUGUUAUAUUCCUUAUUUACCCAGGAAAGCUACACCAAGUCCAAAUAUUAUUUUACUGGAGGGUCUACUACAUUGAUUGCAAUGUUCGGCCAAUACCAGUGACAUUGUGUGUUGUCUUUAGCCAUGGGAAGAAACGAGAAGCUGGAGUAAACUCGUGUAGAACAUGGGUACAGGAUACAAAACCCACACAGCAAGGCACCCGAGCUGGGAAUUAGACCCAGUUCCUUUAUGCUAUUAGGCGUGAGUGUUACCACUGUGCCACCCUGCCUGAUGUGCAAUGUGACUUGGCAUCACACAAAAUGAGCCACACCACAUUUUAUGUCUGUGGAUUUAUUGAAUUCCACCAGAGGUCUUUCUAAGGUGUAUUUGUGCGGCUUAACAUUGGUAAUUUCUAUGACAUAAUGCACGUAACCCUGUCGAAGACACCGUUUAACUUCACGUGCGCACCAUGCGUCAUCGCUCUCAUUACGUUACCCCCCCCCCCCCCCCCCGUCAAAUGCUACAACCCCAAUUGAUCAUUAAAUUUCAAAGCAAAAAACACCCAUGCAGUGUUACUGGCAUUGGCCAAACACUCCAGCUCUGACAAUACCGGCAAACUACUGAACACCACCCCCUACUGUGCAAAAACUUGGCAGGACCCUCCUGAAAAAUAGUUUUGAGACUUGGUGACUUAGGCUUUCUUGGGUAAACAAGCAUAGUCGUCCUCUUAAUAAUCACCACGUUCACGGUAUAAUCGCACGAGUUAACUGAAGGCAGACUGGACAACAGUCCACAAGCAUUUGGUCAAGAAGAGAAGCAUCUGUUUCUUAAUUCUUAGUUGAGUGAUUAUUUUAAACACCUACUCAGCAGCUCUACGAUCUCAAUCCCAUGAAACAAUGCUUGUCACAUUCUACAAAUGGCCACGAUGAUUACGGAUUGUAUCUCACAAUGAAGUUGGAUCCGCCAGCAGCAGCAAUCAUUCGACUGUGGCAAGCGUGACAGUUUCUCGAGCGUUUUUAAUUGAGGCAAGUUUUGCAUCUCAUCUGUGUCCAGGUGUGGCGCUGUGUUUGAUACAAAGCCCGUGCCAAAUGGCAUCACCGACCGCGUGCGACUCGCUAAGACGCGUACGGAAUUAAAUGCAGUGAAAGUGGCGAUUUCCAAAAUUGCUGCACCACAGUUUGCCAUUGAAGUUGCUCUGUUUUGAUACGGACACUGUUUGGAAUGUGCCACCAUGAGGUCGAAAGGGCCUAAGAGUGGACAGUAAAUGUCAUUUCUUGAGAUGUUUUAGCCAUUACAGUUUGGUUGAGCGUCUCACCCUGUAACGUGGGAAAGGGAUUUAUCGAUGUGGUAGCAGUGGAACCGAUGUAAUACGGGGCUCCACUAUUAAUGACUCGCUAAGAUAUUGGUGAUGGUAAAACUAUUUUUAACGGAAUUAUGGAAUUGUACUGUAAGGGACUUUCAUGUGUGCAGACGUUGCAAUGUUUUACGAAUGUGAUGAACGCUGCUGAAUUUAUUCGUGUAAUUGUUGUAUUUGUUGCAACAGGAAAUAGCACCAGGAAUGCGGCCUUGUUUGUUAAUUAUUAAUGUCUUCAUUUGACUGUUAGAAUUGCUUUGUGGGGUGAAUAUGCAUGUGAUUAGUGCAGCUUUAGGGCCGCAUUCACAGUCACGGCUUGGAUCUGACUCGGCCUCAGAUGCGGCCUCGGCUCAGGCUUGAGCUGCUUCGUUGCUUCCAAAGAUGCAUGAGUAGCUCAGCCGUGAAUUGACUCAGGCUCAGCUCAUGGAAAUCUUGAGCGUGGCUGGGACCAUGCUCAGAGCUGGCUCCGGUUUAGCACGGUGGCUUUGAGCCGGCUCAGUUGAACCAGAGUGGACCUUGAGCUGUGACCAAGAAUACAGGCCUAAGAGUGGAUGGUGAAUGUGAUUGCUUGAGAUGUUUGGCCACCUAACCUGUGUGGACCAAUAAUAUAGUUAAAUCUGUAUUUCUUGUAUUUCCCAAGAUGUUUUUUUGUUAUUUGGAUUGAUGUUUCUCUGAAGUAUAUUAAUUUUGAGGAGGUUCAAGUCAUGUCCUGGACCCUAAAUAAUGUGUUGGUGGAAAGGCAGUUUGCACUGAUAGUUUGUAGCAAAACCCAAAUCAAUGUCCACUUCAACUGGUUUUGUCAUUUUUCUGUCAAGUUUGAUAAAUAUGCUAUUCUGCCACCGUGUGCAUCAACCCAUGAAUGCCUCGCAUUAUAACGGCACAUUGACAAAAACCCAGUGUUGUGGCUUUGAAUGCACUGUUCAGUCUGGAGAGACGAUAGGGUAUGGUUACAAACUCUUGGUGCUCUAAGAAGUGGGCCAUGCCUUUCGUAUACAUGAUGUGCCUGAGUCCAACCAUGCAUCUGCUAUAGGAAGUAUAAAUAUUGUUAGUUUAUUCUGGUUGUUUUACCUAGGCAGCCUCACUAAGUGUCAAUACUUUUUUUCAGAAGGGCCCUGUAGUUUUUUUUGAAGUAACGGUCAAUAUUGUGCCUGUGUAACCCCAAUUGAGUAAUUUGGAGGAAUAUUUGUAGCAUUGGGAUGUUUGGCCAGUACCAGUUACUACAUUCCAUGCUUUUAGCUAUGGGAAGAAAGUGGAGAACCCGGAGUAAACCAAUGCCAAACAGGGGGAGAACAUACAAACUCCACACAUUAAAGUUCCCGAGUCGGGAAUCGAACCAAGGUCCCUCUUGUUGUGAGGCGAGAGUGUUACCGCUGCGCAACCCUGCCACAUUAAACGUCCCAAAUUUGUUGUUAAGAAAAAAUAGUGAAUCAUUAAAAUCAUAUGGAUUGCCUGAAUACAUAUUAGCUUAGCCUUUCUUAAGCUUUGUUAAAAACCAUUUUGUUAAAAAAUACAUUUUUGUUGGGGUUAGUACAGGAGCCGCCCCGUGGCUCGUGAAGCGGGGUGGGCGGUGUUGCCGCUGAUCCUGGAAGGGCCCAGGGCCAUCCCUGGGCCACCGAGCCCACUUGCCAGUCGACGUGGAAGGGCCACAUGGGUUGUAGGUGUCUGUGUGCCCAGAUAAUUGUAGCUUCACUUUGUGGGUGGCGGGGUGGUGCAGUGGUAACACUCAUGGGUUCCAGUCCCGAAUCGGGCGCCUUUCUGCCAAGUUUGUAUUCUCUCCCUCUGUUCUGUGUCUUUCCUACAGAUACACAAUGUAAUAAGUAUCAGCCUAACAUGCAAAUGCUGAAUAUUUACUUCCAAAUGACUCAAUCGGGAUUAUGCCCAGCAGCAACAUCGCCCCCUACUGUGUAAACUUGGCAGGACCCUCCUGAAAGUCUUGAGACUCGAGGCUUUCGUGGGUGAACAAGCAUAGUCGUAAUACUACUCAUCGUUUUCUAUUCAAACAACAAAGCAUGUUAUGGAAUAAUGUCCCUGUGGUGCCCACCAAGUAAUAAGCAACAUAUCUGAAGCGUCCCUGCAAACUAAAUGUGCAUAUUUGCACGUUUGUACUGGACAAUUAUUUUUAUUUUGCAUACCUACCAAAAGCUAUCUCACAUUUUAUAAAAUCACAGUCGUGGUUGCGUCGUCUUCGCAACUUUUUUCAGGUACUUUUGUCAACACGUCAACCGAGGUUGAAAGUGUUUUGUGUGUCAGCUAUGUCCAUUCGUACCGUGGGGACACUGACUAUUGUAAUAAUACAACGUGAACAACCCUGUAAGAGUUUAUGAAGUGGCUUCCUCUGCUAUGUCCUCUGCCAGUGUCUCGAGCUUUGCUCUUGUGCAGACCACUUUGGGAUGCUUUGCACUUUAUCUGAUUUGUUUUAUUCAUUAGGCCAGCUCCUCGCUGACAUGUGGAUUCAGGGUGAGUGACUUGCUGCGUAGCCGAUGAAGAAAGAUUGCCCUGAAUCAUCAAGAUUUGCUUUUGUAUAGUGCCCUCCUAUACGCCGGGGCGCUUUAUAUAGCAUCUCAGUCUAAAAGGGCACCCCCCCCCCCCCCCCCACUGUGGGCACAUCUGAGGGACAAUUGGAGGCCAUAAAUAUGGCUGCAGUCGUUUAGAACACAGCUUAAAGCAGCUUCACGUCACCAAAGGCAGCAGUUUGCAGUUUCCUGAAAAACUCAGUGAGCGGCUAUGCCCUGGUGCCUGUGGGGGAAAAGCAGCGGCAGCCGAACAGCCACACCAUGGGCAACGCCCCUUUUGCUGAUCCAGGCUGCAUCAUCAACCGUACAAAUCUCACAACCUCCAAGGGGACAUCUACAUUAGCAGUGGGAUGCAAAAUAGGAAUUCGUCAAUGACAAGAUGUGGCAACAAAAGCAGUUAAUUUGCGGUGGAGGGGGGGCGAGGAAGUGUUUCCACCUCUGGACCACCACAUUGCAUCUAGAACAUCAUAAAAACAAAUUGUGACGCGCAGAGGCCAGCGGGAAGGCAAUCAGAACCGGCGCCAAAGAUUGCCCAAGCUCUGUGGCCCUAUAUUGGGAUGUUUGACCAACUCCAUGAAUGUUUAUACGAGUGGGAGGAAACACGAGAACCUGAAGAAACACCACACGUGCAAGGGGAUAACACUCAAUCUCAGUACGGAUGGAAAUUAAUACACUUGCAGUUUGACGAGUGGGCGUGCGAGAUCCACCGCCCUGAGUCGUUGCACUCCCGGCCACAAGCGGCACAGCCACCGGCACCCGGGUCGUCCGUGUCCCCGCAUCGAGCAGGCAGGGCGAAACGCGUGUGUCCUUAUCAACGAUCGCGGACAGCUACUCGGGGAAAAUUUGUCAAUAUGAUAACUCUUCCUCAUAGUGAGCUCAUCUCAGGACUAACAACGAAUGUAAUUAAAAGUAUGAGUGCAUGAGACGCCACGCUGUUUAUACGUUUUGUAAUGGUCGUGCCAUGCUCUGAAAUGUGACCACUGACGUUGCCGUCGCGCAAUUCACACGUUUGUUGGCGUCUGUUCAGUUUGCAAGGCACACGCACAUUCAAAAUAUCUGUAAAAUAAAAUUAACGAUCCGGGUGC